UUGAAGUGUUUCCGUCAAGAUCAGUUGAUAUUGAACAGAGUAAUGGGAAGUUCGUACUCCAGGUCUUACUCUCCGAAUUGUGGAGUAAAUAAAAAUGAAAAUGAAAAUCGUGGAACUAUAUCUCGUUCGGAAUCAAGCAAUCAAUAUGUGGAAUCUGUUGUGUGUAAAGCAACUGAUCUAAAGGAAAAUGAGAUGAAAGUGUUUGAAAUAGGAGAAGAGGGGAAAGUAUUGCUCGUAAAACAGAAAGGUGAAUUUAGUGCCAUAGGCACCAAAUGUACACAUUAUGGAGCCCCUUUAGUAUCCGGAGCAUUAGGAGAUGGAAGAGUAAGGUGUCCAUGGCAUGGUGCCUGCUUUAAUUUAAAAAGUGGUGAUAUUGAAGACUUCCCUGGUUUUGACUCCCUACCGUGCUAUCAAGUUACUGUUACAGAGAAAGGUGAAGUUAAAGUACGAGCGAAAAUCAGCGACUUGAAAUCCAAUAAGAGGAUCAAGGAUAUGGGAAUGGCUGCACCUUGCGACGAAUCAACGGUAGUAAUCAUCGGCGGCGGGCCAUCGGGUGCUACUUGCGCUGAAACACUUCGUGGCGAAGGUUUCAAAGGGCGUAUCACAAUUGUCGCUAAAGAAAACUAUCUUCCUUAUGACAGAAUUAAAGUAUCUAAAAUAGGUAUGGUUACAGAUAUAGAAAAGCUGCAAGUUAGAUCCGAACAAUACUAUAAGGAUGCACAUAUCGAAGUUAUUAAAGGCGUUGAAGCAACGAAACUAGAUUCUCAAGAGAAAUUCGUUUAUUUAAGCAAUGGGUCAAAAUUACGUUACAGUUCAGUAUACUUAGCGACAGGAUCCAAACCACGUGUACCAGACAUUCCCGGCAUAAAAUUAAAAAAUAUAUUUACUGUGAGAAAUUUUGAAGAUUCCGUUAAUAUUCUUCAAACCUUAGGUUCUGAAAAAAAUAAAGAUGUCGUCGUCCUGGGAUUAAGUUUCAUUGGACUGGAAGCUGCUGCAUCUUGUUCUGAAUCAGCGAAGUCUAUGACUGUUGUCGGUACAGACACCGCACCUCUGGGCCAAAUAUUUGGCGAAGAAAUAGGUCGAAGUCUCCAAAAGCUAUUCGAAGAGAAAAACGUCAAAUUCCAUUUUAACACAACAAUUACCAAAUGUAAUGGUGAAAACGGGAUUAUAAAAUCAGUUGAACUCGCAAAUGGUACUACUUUACCGGCCGACAUGCUUAUAUUAGGUGUAGGGACUACAUUAUACACAGAUUUUCUAAAAGAUAGCGGUAUAGAACUAGGGCAUAAUGGUGCUGUUAUUGUUUCCGAAAAAUUGGAAACCAAUAUUAAAAAUGUAUACGCCGGUGGUGAUAUAGCUUAUGCGCCUGUAUUUGCUCACAACAACGAACCAAUGAGCAUCGGACAUGUGGGAUUGGCACAGUAUCAUGGUAAAAUUGCAGGCCUCAAUAUACUGAAGAGGGAGACAUCUCUUCGAACCGUUCCUUACUUCUGGACAAUGCUUUUCGGUAAAUCUAUUCGAUACGCAGGUUGUGGAAAAUCCGCGAGCUUUCAAAUAGAAGGAGAUAUUAAUGAGUUGAAGUUUGUCAUAUUUUUCUUUGAUAAAUCUGACAAAGUAAUAGCUGUUGCUUCUUGUAUGAGAGAUCCUGUAGUUUCACAGUUCGCCGAAUUACUUUAUCAAGGUAAAUCCCUACACAAGAAAGAUCUUAAAGAGGAUCCUUUUGCUUGGACGAAGAAUAUAAACUAA